UCCUAAGACAUCACAGAGCAGAAACUUCAACAAGAAGCUUAGCACACAUCCCUAGUGAAGCAAUGCAACCAUUGAGGAGGUGCUACUCUGUUUAGCAGUUCCAAACCCAGAGCCAUGCUGAAGGAAUGGCCUCUGUCUCUAUUGUGGGGAUCCUUACACAAUUUCAAAUCCGGAUUUCAAUCUCACAGUUCAAGCCUUUAAUCCAACCCUCUGCUCUGGGACAGUUAUCAGCUUGCUUCCCUGCACCUUUUUCUUGAUCUUUACAGUACUUGUAUCUCCCGUGUCACCUAGGAAAGAUAGCAAUACAGAUAUGAUAAGGCCAUUGAGCUGUCCAAAGGGACCAGGAUCUUUCAGCUCUGAGCAAGCUACAGCCAGUAACGAGGAAAACCUUCCCAAAUUUGUCACUUAGCAUCAGAAACGCUAUGUGGAAAAAUAUAAAUUUUAAAGCAAAACACACAUUGGAAGACACUGCUACAAAAGCUAGUUGUGUGUUGAGAAUGAGACACCCCUGGGCACAGGAAGCAGCUCCCGACACUGAGUGUUGCUAGUGGCUCUCCAAGGAGGAGCUGCUUCCCUUACAGCCAUGGCUGAACUUUGACUUGCUGCAGACUCAGAGGAAUUUGUCCCAGCUCGUUUGUCAAUGUUCACUCACAGUUAGAGGUGCACUGAACUCUGAUGAGCCCAGACAGCUAAAUCUGGACUGUGCCGGUCUAUACAGCAGCACUGAAUCCAACUGGCGAUCUUCCAGCAUGACCGGGAUAAGUCCCAAGCAUGCACAAAGCUGUAAGUACUUGAACAGAGCCCCUGACACACGAGCGAGGGUUACAGAGUGCUAAGGCACAGAGGAUAAGGCUGGAAAAACUUGGUGAACGGCAGUCAUGGGGUAAAACAAAUGCUGGUUUUUAUCUUAUUUGAGGCUUGUUAUCUCUGCUAUUUCUGUAGGGCAGGUGAGUUGAGGUAAGAAUUUAUCUCUUAAGAAAAGCAUUGAUGAUGCAACAUUCAAGAAGACCAUAGCUCUGAAUAACUCCUUAUAGCUAAGCUAAGACUGUAACUGAGGGGGAGAGCCUGUCCUGACACAAGCACCUUGCUGAGCAUCAUCCACCAGCCCCCCACCAGCUGCAUCUGGUCCAGGCUACUGCUGAAUACCUGCAAGCACCUUGAUGUGGAUUUCAUAAAAGGCUACAGAUGCGCAAUCCAGCGUCAGAGCCCUUUUGGAUCUCGGGGGAAGUAGAUGCUAAUGAAAGAUGCAGUUACAUCUUAUUUUUCUGCAAAAGAACUUAAUAGCCCCGAAGUAAUUUUAUUAAGGUAAUGAAAGCGCUGAGGAGAAUUCACAGUUUCUUCACGCCCACAGCUGAGCAGAAAGCCAAAUUCACACACGCCCACAGCACUGGGGUGCUUGGAAGCCUGCAGUGGCUGCUCCAGCAUGGUGGGGAGAGGAGCAGAGCCGCAUGGCCCUGGGGCAGAUAGGUGGCCACAGCCAAUGCUGGCUCCCAAGGGGCACCUGCUUCACCUGCUGGUCUUUACAUUGCUCGUCAUGGCAGUGUAAGACUAAUCAACACAUACAGUGUUAUUUAUGGAACUGCAGUGCCUCGACGGCCUGGCUUGGAGCAAACUCACCUUCAUGCAUGGUGCUGCACCGGCACCAGGAAGACACAGCAGCUGCUGCUGUUCCCCUGGUUUGUGAAUACAAAGCAAAUGUCCCAGCUCACAGCACAAGCAGCAAAGUGGGCAUGCAAGAACGGCUUUUUAGUUUGUCAUUGCAACCCAAAGUCUCUGUCAAGAGGAAGAAAGAAAAACCGCAUGAACCCCACUAAGGGCUACAAUGCCAGCUUCGCACUGAGCCUUUUUUUCCUCUUGCUUUUUCAUGCAGAUGAUGUGGUAGCUGGGUCACCAGCAAGCCACCCUUUGCACGUAGCUCUAAAUGUGCAAAGAGCUCAAGAGGAACCUGAGUCAAGUCCUGGAGGCUGCAGAAUCGCCAGCAAUGCCCACACCAGCACUGCCCCACGUGGCUCCAGCCAGACUUGGUGCAGCACUGGCUUUCCUAUGGGCUGUCAGGCCUCCUGCAUGAGCAAAGGGGUUUUGACGCUGGAGGCAAAGCCCCGCUCCUCGCUGUUCCCUGGCAGAGCAUGGGAGGCAUUAGGGCGGCCAUCUCUCUGCACAAACACCUCCUGCAGGGCUGAACUCAGGCCCGCCUUACAGCUGCAGGCCUAGGGUUGUGGGGCCCUCCAGCCAGCCCAGCAUCCCCACGCUCUGCGAGGCACACUGGGAGGACACGAGGCACCGGGCCUCCUCGGGCACUCUGGUCGGGCCAGGCCUCUCCGCCUCGCCCCGUCUCCAUAGCAACGGGUGCAGCCGCUUCCGGAUGGAGGUGGAGGCGGCGGUGCGCCCCCUGCCGGCUGGAGGACCCGGCCCACCCCUGUAUUACGGAGCCCGCUGGGACUGGGACGAGCACCCGGCGCAGAGGUGCUUUGCCCGGGGCUGAGCUGCCCCAGCACCCCUCGUUCCCUGUCCCACACACAGCAAAACGUCGGGAACAUCCCCGUGUCACCUCCGCUGCUCAGAGCUGCUGGGGACAGAGCGAGGACACGUCACCCAGCGGGUGUCACAGUCAUCCCCGGGGAAUGGAGCCGGGAUGAGGCAGGCAGGAGUCACAGGGUGGCACGAGGAAGGUGACAGGUCACACUGUGCCUCCUGUGCGGCUGUCACCGUCAGUGUCACCACGAAGGUGCCACCAUUGCCACCAGGAAGGACGCGUGCAUCCAUGUCCCAGCCCAGAUCCUGAGCUGAGCUGAGCAGCGGAAACCAUGGUGGGCAGCAGCAAAUCCUGACCGCUGAAAUGGGCUCCAAACUGCCUUUUUUUUUUUUUUUUUUUUUUUUUUUUUUUUGAUGGUUUUGCUCUCUCCCUUAAUACCAUUACAGCCUUUUCCAUAGCAACGGUGUAGACUUUGGUCCUGGCUGGGCACACUGAGGGCCACAACGGCUGCGGUGACACCGCGCUGCGCCAGUCCUGGGGUCCCAGACAUCAUGGAGUGCAAUGGGAGAUGGCAGCUUCACGCGGCCUGGGAGAGGGGCUGCUGCUUUCCCCUUCGCAGUCUGCCCAGUGUUUUCACAGGGGAGGCCUUUAGCACACAGCUUCACCCACCUGCGGCUGCGGUUUCUCUCUCUUCACAUUUAUUUGCGGGCCCUGUGGGUUUUGGCGGCAGGGCCGUGCUGGUUCAGCUCUUUGCUGCUCCCCAUUGAUUACGCCUUGUGUCAAUAUGUGCUUAGCGCCUGUGGUGGGUGCGCUGCUCGCCAUCGCCCGUUUCUCCCUUCGGAUCUAUAAUUUCCCAGAAUAGAAGAUUAAAAUAGAGGGGGAGGAGAGCGCUGCUCCGAGCCAAAAAGAAACUGGGGAAACAUUUCUUAUUUAGCUGAGCUGCAGCGUUCGAUCACAUGGAGCAAAGAACCAGCAGCAUUCCACCCCCCCCCAUCGCCCUAACACUUGUUCCCACAGGCAUGUGCCUGUGUUUUCCACUGAUUGAAACUUCCACCAAAAUUCAAGAAGGAAGAGCUGAGAAGUCCCCUCUGAGUCAGGGGAGGAGAGGCUGCGCUCCGUGGGGAUGGAGAAGUGAUGUGGGAACAGGCCCCCUCCACCAGCAUGGCCAUGCAGCUUCACCAUCCCCUCCUCAUCCUCUGGGGACUGGUGUGGGGUAAGGAGAAAAGCCUCAGUGCCGUUGAUGCCCAUUCCCAGGGUGGGCAAUUGGAAUCCCAACCACAAGAGAUUGCUCCCGCAGAUAUCCUCUCGCACACCCCAGGCUGGGAGAAAGGCUGGCACAGACCCGGGGAAGAAGUCCUGAGCCUGUCCACGUUCACGCUGGCCGCAGCCGAGCCCAGCAGCGGCAGGGUUAAGGCCGGCAGCGGGUGCUGGACGGGCGUCAAGGUGGUUGCUCCAUCCCUGCGCGGGGCCGGGAGCGCGCACGGAGCCGCCCGCCACCAUGAGCGCAGACAGAGAUGGUCAAGUCCUCCAGCCCUGUGUUGUCCUCUGGGGACGCUGUUCCCGAGCUCACCUCCCCAUGCCCGCUCACGGUCUCCCUUUCCUCCAUGCCCCGCAGCGGGCAGGGUCCCCCUCCUGCUUCCCCUGGUCCUGCUGUUGGCCACCGCAUCCCAGCCCCAGGAUGGGGACGUCCCCAAGGAGCCCUCAGCCGCAGAGCCCUUGCGCUGCCCCAGCCCCUGUGCCUGCAGCUUGGACGACUACAGCGAGGAGCUCAACGUCUUCUGCAGCAGCCGCAACCUGACGCAGCUUCCCGAGGACAUCCCCACCAAUGCCAAAGCCCUCUGGCUGGAUGGCAACAACUUCACCCAGCUGCCAGCUGCAGCCUUCAGGAACCUCUCGGGGUUGGACUUCCUGGACCUGCAGAGCAGCCAGCUGGCCGCCGUGGAGCAGCACGCCUUCCAUGGCCUGCGCAGUCUCUACCACCUCCACCUCGAGCGCAACCGCCUCAAGUACCUGGCACCCCACACUUUCCUGCACACCCAGAACCUCGUGUCCCUCAGCCUCAACAACAACUUCUUCAGCAAGGUGGAAGAAGGGCUGUUUGCAGGGCUCUCCAAUCUGUGGUACCUGAACCUGGGCUGGAACUCGCUGGUGGUCCUCCCUGACAAGGUGUUCCAUGACUUGCCCAACCUGAGGGAGCUGAUCCUGGCUGGGAACAAGCUCCCCUACCUCCAGCACCAGCUCUUCUGCAGCCUUACGGAGCUGAAGGAGCUGGACCUCAGUGGGAACGCGCUCAAGGGCAUCAAGAUCAACAUCUUCGUCAAGCUGCAGAAGCUGCAAAAACUCUACUUGAACAACAACCAGAUCAAUGCCAUCGCACCCCGUGCGUUCAUGGGCAUGAAGUCGCUCCGGUGGCUGGAUCUCUCCCACAACCGCCUCACCUCGCUGUACGAGGACACGUUUCUGGGUCUCCUGAGCCUGCACGUCCUACGCUUGUCCACCAACUCCAUCACCAGCCUGAGGCCCAGGACUUUCAAAGACCUCCAGUUCCUGGAGGAGCUGCAGCUGGGACAUAACAGGAUCUGGGGCCUGGCAGAACGGACCUUCGAUGGGUUGGGCCAACUGGAGGUCCUCAGCCUCAACAACAACCAGCUGCAGGACAUCAAGGCUGGGUCCUUCCUUGGGCUGCACAACGUGGCGGUGAUGCACUUGUCUGCCAACUGCAUCAAGACUCUGCCUGACUAUGUGUUUGAGGGAGUCACCAAGCUGCACAGCCUCCACCUGGAGCACAGCUGCCUGAGCAAGAUCAAGGCCAACACCUUCUCCAGCCUCACCAGCCUGCGGCGGCUCUUCCUGCAGCACAACGCCAUCUCCGUCAUUGAAGACCAAAGCUUCAGAGAACUGCACGAGCUGCUGGAGCUCGACCUGAAGCACAACAGGCUGAGCCGCCUCUCGCCCCAGCUCUUUGCGGGUUUGAGCAACCUGGAGUACCUCUUCCUCUCCUUCAACCAAAUCCUGGACAUCUCCCAGGACACCUUCAGCCCGCUCCGCAGACUCUUCUGGCUCGACCUCUCCCAUAACCAGCUGGAGACCCUGGACAACGCCGUCAUCACGCAGCUAGCCAACCUGCGCUACCUCAGCCUGAGGAACAACUCCCUGGAGACCUUCUCGGUGGGAUUCUUGUGUCCUUCCUUCACACUGGAGCAGCUCUGGCUGGGGGGGAACAACUGGCACUGCAACUGCUCGCUGAAGGGGCUGCGGGAUUUCGCCCUGCAGCACCCCACCGUGGUCCCACGCUUCGUCCAGUCUGUCGCCGAGGGGGAUGAUUCCCACGUCCCCGUUUACACCUACAACAACCUCACCUGCUGCCAGCCCCCCAGCCUCGUGGGCCUGGACCUCCGCGACACCAGUGAGGACAGCUUUGCUCACUGCUGACGCAUGACUGCCACCUCCCUGUCCCCACCGCUGUCCAUGGUCUGUCCAGCCUUGGCCACCAUUGUCCAUGUGGCACCAUUGGGGACAGCCACUUGGAUGGGGACCUGGGGAAGGCGAGGGGGGACAGGAAAUCUCUGAG